AGCAACAAUGGCGAGGGGUUCAUUGCGGAGAAGGACUAUCUGUACCUGUUGAACUACCUGGAGGAGUACAUGUCGCUGCCCAAGCAGCUCUACGCCGCGUUUGAGGAGUGCAUGAUCCCAAUGGCGGGGCUGCUGUCAAACUCGCAAUUCGUCACGUGGGUGCGCCAGUAUCCGGAUGUCAUGGAGUUUCUUGCUAUUCAUCUCCCUCCGUCUCCACUACCUGGAAACCCUUUGAACAACAGUCCGUCUUGCAGGAACGACCCCAACAGGAAUCCAUUCCGCUCGUUUGACUUCAUUGGCGGCGAAGACAGCGGCGACGAGGACUCGGACGGGCUGUACGACUCCGACCAAAUCACGGAGAUGGAGAUGUCUCAAAGCUCAUUUCGCGAUAGCUCCGCGUCAUUGAACGGCCACGACGAACUGACGAGCAUCUUAAAGGAGGCAGGCGCAGUGGUUCAGGACGAGUCCGGCGAGCGCUCGAGUGAUAUCAGCGUCAGCAGCCAACGUCAAGGGCGGUCGGGGGCAUCACGUGCACGCGGCGUCCAGAAGAUGGGGAGAUACAUGGGCAAAGCAGUGGGCGGUGGCAUUUCAAGAGUUGGAAACGUUGGCCGCAGCAUUCUUCACGUCGGCAAGUCACAGGGCUACAACCAGCAUCACAUUGGCGACCACCCCAACGAUGACCCAGCAGCAGUCGAGCUCCUGUCUGCGGGUUACUCGUUCUCGUCGGAGUCUCAGAGUACGAAGAAGUAUGUCUGCGGCUACCUGCACAAGAUCAGCGACAGCAAGUGGGGCAAGAAGCGAUCGUGGCACCGAAGGUGGUUCGUGCUUGACCGCCAGCGCGGCGUGCUCUCGUACUACCGGCACAACCCGGCCAACCACAUGCCAACUUCAUCAGCGUCUCAUGGCAAUAUCGUUCACAUGGCGGACUCUCCUCAGGACCAAGAUCACGACCCGCAACAAACUCUGCUGUACCUGAACGAGUCUCAUCCCUGGUAUCGCGGCGCGCUGGACCUCAACAUGGACAACGUGUCGCUGCUGUUUGAGAAGACGCUGGCGAGGAAUGCACCUACGCGCUACUUCUUUCAGGUCUCGACGUUGUCGCUGCACGACAUCGACUCGAAGCGCGGCGUUCAAUACAAGUUGUGCGCGGACACGGAGACGGACUUUGAUCUGUGGACGUCUGCGAUAGCGGAGGCGAUCAACAGGAAGGACUCGCAGAAUGGGAAGGCGAACAGCGGCGCGCCGGUACUCUCGCAUCAGCAGCUCUACCGGCAGCGUCUGCUUCAGAAGCAAAUGGAGGAGGAGCAAGCAGCGAAGGAACGAGAAGCAGAGGCUGCUAACGAAGCAGCGGCUGAUAGUGGACACGAGUCGCCACCCCCAACGCUCGGACGGCGCAAGAUUCCGCCUCGCAUCGUGACGCAGUUCUCGUUGGGGCCUGACAGCGGAAUGCCGACCGAUUCGUGCUGGCACCUCCACGUUCACGUGGAUGGGACCAAGCAGUGCCUCAUUGUUGGCUUCAUGCUCAACAUUGUGGCCAUUCGAUGUCUCGCCAGCGAGCACGUGCUGUGGAAGGUGGCCGUCUGCAUCGCCGUGACGUGUAUGUUUGUGUUUAGCGUGUACAACCCAAGGUCACUGGUACAUCGUCCGCGUCAAGCAAGUUUUGGAGCCUACUCGGACGUGAACGGGGGUAUCGAUAAUGCUCUGCUGGGUACCGACAUCGCGCAGUGCAGCGAUCCAGAGAGAUGCUGCUUGCACAAGAUUUCAAGCCCGACGGUCCUGGAUCGAGGAGACUGCGACGACAACAAGCGUGUGGAAGGAUCGAGUGAUGCGCCUCGCCGACGACCCAGCGCCGCUGGCAGUCGACGGCUCGCGAAGCUCCCUAUGGGCAGCACCAUGACGCAGUGUGAGAUGCAAACAAGCGGACGGUCUAGCAACGUGGAGCACUCGUGGACGACAACCCGAGCUGAAACAUUUUCAGUUCGAAGCGCUGAGUACAAGAGGUCUCGAAAGAAAGAGCCCUCUAGCGCUGCGCUGUUCGAGUUUCUUGGAGCUGACUUGGUUCGAACCGACAGCAAGUUGGACCUGAUCUCCCAGCGCGUCGAGUUUCCGCCCGAACACGAGAACAGUCGACUCUUCAUCAUCAACGCUCAGCUCCCGUCAUACGGGCCGAGCAUGUGGGGCGAUGGCUCCUACGACGGUCCAGGCUACAGCUUGGCUCUCUACUGGAAGAUCCCAGACGAAAUCUCCGAGGAGUUGAAGAACCCCACAACGACAACGCUCAAGCUGUUCAAGCGGUUCUUAGAGGCCGGUGACGACACGUCGCUGACGGAUCGCUUCAAGGUCAUCGCGCAGGUGACGAACCAGGACGAGUGCGGCAUCACGGGCGUGGCCAAGAAGCUGCUGGUGAGCCACAACGCGACGCCCGUGCUGACGCGGCCGCAGCACCGCAUCUACCACUUCCGCGACGGCAGCACCGAGAUCGUCGUGGACGUGCACGCGUUCUCGUACAUCGCUCGGCGCGGCAUCCACUCGCUCAUCGACAAGACGUCCAAGCUCGUGAUCGACGUGGCCUUCGUGAUCCAGGGCGAGACCGAGGAGGAGCUGCCCGAGCGGGUGCUCGGCUGCUGCCGCCUCGACCGCGUCAACGUGCAGAAGGCCGUGGAUCUGCCGUGCUGA